UAGAUUUUGGCUAUGGCUGUCUCGUGUGGAUUCUUCCCUGGAAACGUGCUGUGGUGCGCGUUUGGAGCUUCGAGUGGCCUCAGAUCUAGAAUGCGGCCGCCAAUGCUGUCGCGCUCGAUUCAGUGCUGCGCAGAAGCGGCAAUCGAUGAGGCAGCUGCUGUGGAACUCCCGUGCCUUCCUUUCAAGGCCGCGGAGGUUUUGGUUCCUUCGUCUACAAAGACUUUGCAUUUGUACGAGGCGAGAUUUCUAGCGCUUCUGGAAGACGUAAAAUGGUUCUCUUCUCGCGAUUGUUUCGUUCACUGUUCUAUUUCCUUGCAGGCUUUGCGGAAGUGCCACAAUCUUUUCGUCCAUGUUGUGAUUGAGAGAACUGGACGAUCAGCGAACGAGUAUGCUUUUAGAUAUGGUUGCUUGAGCCACAUCCUGCACGUGAAGCGCUUGGAAGUUGGAGCUCUAGUCACGAUACGGGGAAUUGGACGAGUGAGGCUGAUCUCUUUGUCCCAGAUGGAACCAUUUCUCAAGGGUGUCGUCGUUCCCGUGAAAGAUGAGACGCCGAAGGACGCAGACCGGAUACAAUCCUCGGUUGAGAGCUUGAAGAAAACAUUGUCUGACGUCCAGCAGCUCCAAAUCAAGCUCAAGACUUCCAAAGAUGAGCUCUUGCAAACUCCGUUGCAAAGAGCACUGGAGUGGGCUGAGAGGGCCAACUUCGGUGAGAACCUCAGCUAUUUCGUUCCAAAUCGUGAAGAACGGCUAUCUUUCGCAGCUUUGCAACCAAUUAGUGGUGCAAAUGCUGGCGAGUUGAGGCAGCUGCUGGAACAGAGGCUCGUCGCCAUGGAUUCCACGGAUACGCUUGAAAGAUUAACCUCGUCCAUGGAGUAUGCGCAGCACAGCCGAUCAUCCGUCGCAGCAAAGGUAGCAAUCCAGUCCUUGCAACUCUAGGCACCCUUUAGAGCCAUGUAGUUAGUGUCUUCGUAGAGUGAAUUCAAAUCACCUUCCAAGUGUUGUUUCC